AUGUCCCUCUACUUCGAUGCGGUCGCUAUCCUGACCGCGCCAUCGACAGGUGGCUCUUUCAAGUCCCGCAUUUACAGCGCCCGGAACUUGCGUGCCUCGCCCGCCCAGAUCUAUGCAUUGAUCACCGAGGCUUCCAAAUGGGAUAUUGUUCUUGCGGAUGUGAUUGAAAAGGCGGAUAUCUUGAGCCUCGAGCGCAAGCUUUCUCCGGCCCUUGCGCUCCUCCUGGUCUAUGACCACCUCCUCUCGAAGAAGGGCAUUGCAGCCCCAGCAGCCCACCCACUUCGCCAAGCAGUUGAGCGGCAUAAAGUCCGCUUAAAGGCUGAGUUCACGAAAGCCCGGGUGCGCCGGGGAUGCGCUUCGGUGGAACAGCUGAAGGCAGCCGUCCUGCGCGAGAAGCGGGAGGCCGAUGGCACCAAUCAAUUUGUCUAUCCGCGUUGGGUGCGGGUGAACAAUAUCCGCAGCACCCUCGAGGACCAGCUGCGCACGACCUUUGCGCAAUACGAGCGGGUGGACACUCUGGCCGGCCUCGCACCCGAGGUUGACGACCGGACCAAGCAAAAGCUGUUGUAUAUGGAUCCCAACAUCCCCGAUCUCGUGGCGGUGCCCUUCGGCGCGGAUUUCACAUCAUCGCCGGCAUACAAGAACGGCGAGAUCAUCCUACAGGAUAAGGCAUCAUGCUUUCCCGCGUAUCUCUUGCUGGGUGAUCGUGGUCCCAAGGAUCCCUGGGAGGGGGACUUGGUGGACGGCUGCGCCGCCCCAGGAAACAAAACUACGCACAUGGCAUCUUUACUAGCCAAGCAACAGAAGCAGAAGAAGCCCCGGAAGCAGAUCAUUUCUAUGGAUGCGUCUAGAGUGCGUUCCAAAACGCUGCAGAAGAUGGUCUCGUUGGCCGGCGCGGAUCCUACCGUCACCGUGCUACAGGGGCAGGAUUUUCUGGCACUUGAUCCGAUGGAUUCUCAGUUUGAGAAUGUAACGGGUCUGCUACUCGAUCCCAGUUGUUCGGGUAGUGGCAUUGUUGGCCGAGAUGAUGUUCCGCAGCUCACAUUACCCCAACCCAAAGUACCCAAGUCCUCCAAGCCACAAGGGAAGAAGAGGAAACGCGGCACCGAUGACCGCGACCACCCAGAAGAACCCCAAUCAAAGGUGACAGUGGGAGAAACAAGCGCUGCGCCCUCCGAUGAGAAUGACAUCCCUAGCGGAACGGUCGACCACGAUCGGCUCACCAAGCUGUCGAAUUUACAGGCGCGCAUCGUGGAGCAUGCCUUGAAGUUUCCCAGCGCAACUCAUGUGACCUAUAGCACCUGCUCCAUUCACCUGAUUGAGAACGAGGCCGUGGUGGCCCGCCUCCUGGCAUCGGAUGUCGCCAAAGAGCGUGGUUGGCGGCUUUUGCGACGCGACGAGCAACCCGAGGGCCUGCGCCGGUGGAAACAUCGUGGCGUCCGGCGUGACCGAGAUAUCGAGACGGGCGUGGAAUCUGAUGAGAGCGAAGCCGUCGCCGCCCUCUCAGAGGACGACCUCGAGGCUUGCUUGCGUUGUUGGUCUGGCGAUUCAGAAGGUCUGGGGGGCUUCUUUGUCGUUGGUUUUGUGCGCGACUCGCAAGAGGAUAGAGUUCUUGUGAAGGAGGACUCGGACGCUGGUGAAGGUGGAGAUCACACUGUCGAAGACGACGACGAUGAAGGUGAAGAGUGGGAGGGCUUUUCCGAGUAG